CUGGUUGGCUUUCACCUCAGAAUUACCUUGCCGUACUGCCGCUGACGAAUAACGUUCAGUCGAGACCGAGCUCAUCCGCGAUACAGUUGAUUUUCGCAUCAAACAGACAAAAUGGCUGAUGUUCCAAAGCGUGAAGUUGAAAAUGUCGAAUUCGUUUUCGAAGUCAUGGGCUCCCCCGGUGAGGGCAUCGAUGCCGUCGACCUAGGUGAUGCCCUCCGCGCUCUGAACUUGAACCCCACCUUGGCGCUGAUCGAGAAAUUGGGCGGCACCAAGAAGCGCAACGAGAAGAAGAUCAAGCUGGAUGAGUUCCUGCCCAUCUACUCACAGGUCAAGAAGGAGAAGGAGCAGGGCUGCUACGAGGACUUCAUCGAGUGCUUGAAGCUCUACGACAAGGAGGAGAACGGCACCAUGUUGCUGGCUGAGCUGCAGCACGCCCUGCUGGCGCUUGGUGAGAACUUGGAUGACGAGCAGGUGGAGACCCUGUUCGCCGACUGCAUGGAUCCCGAGGAUGAUGAAGGAUUUAUCCCCUACUCUCAGUUCGUCCAGCGCCUGAUGAGCGAUCCCGUCGUCUUCGACUAAACACAUUCCUCGCCAGAAUGUGUGACAGACCAGAUCAGCUAAAAUAGUUGAAAACAACAGCUUCAAACCAACUACAACAACACCAACAAACUUUUAGCGACAACCAUUCUCCAUAGAUGUUAUAUUCAUCGCUAACUCUCUCUAUCUCUCUCGUAUAUUAUUUUAAUUAAAAAUUACUUCUGCUACUACAACUGCAAAAUUGAACUUCAAGAUAAUAUUAUUUUUUAAAAAAUAAAAAAAUUUAAAUUAUAAAAUAACGAAAACAAACAAAAAAAAAACUGAAAAAUAUUCAAAGUUUUGUGCACCAUCAUUUUUUGUUAUGAAUUAUUUUGUUGGUUCAGCCAAAUGCAAAGCAAUAGUUAAUGAUGAUUUUAUAUGAGACGUGAAUAAACCACAUAGCAAAUAA